AGGCUAGGGCUAGGCUACGACACCGCGGUUGCGCUUUAAUUUCUUUGAAGAACAAGCGGCUUGACGCUGCUUCCACCGGUCUUAGGAUUACGUAGUACAAAGACGUUCUUUAAAUUUGAUGUUGAACAAAUGACUGCGGCAGGACAGCAGCGACCAUGCAUGAUCUACCAAGGUCCAGCUCGUUCCGCGCGUCUGAAAGAUGUCUGAAGGUCGGUACCUACACCUAUGGUUGCUUCUUGUGCGCUGCCGUCCAGCGGCAUCAAAAUGCAAAAUAUUAUACUUUUUUGAGUAGAACAGGAUAAGAAGAAGCAUGUCCGCGGCAUGAUAAAGUUUCCUCGGGACAACCUUCUCCGGGCAGAGGUCGUGCAAGAAGAGCUCGACGUCCAGGUGGUCCACUUGUGCUAUGAGAUCAGCCAGCAGCAGCUUCCCCCGACGCAGCAGCAGCUCGUGCAAUUGCGCAGUUUACUGCGGGCCCAUGCGGACCCGAGCGCACGGCGGAUUUCCACCGACGCGCUGCACGCAGUUGCGUUCGAGCCGGACAGCGCCGAUGGACGGGUGGUGCCUACCGGAGUGCGCCUGGUAGAGCCGAGAGGUAGAAGGGCAACAGCAUUUCCGCAUGGACAGCGCCCAAGAUCACCUGGAGGUCGUGGCGUCGCCGCCCGUCGCGUGAACACCAUCGAUUUUGGGGCCAAGUAUUUGAAGCGCAACCCCGAUUCGGUUCUGCAGGUGGAGAAAGAGGGACGGCUGCGGCAAGGGAUUACGGCGGACAUUCCCGCCGCAAACCGUGAUUACCUCAAUCGCAGUAAUAAAACACCGCAGCAAAAUAGAACUUCUACGCGGUUGUACGCCACGGCGUCGUUUUUGGAGACGCGCCAAAACCGGGAUCCGUUGAGUCCCUUCGAGGAGCAGAGAAAUCACAACCAGUUUGUGGCGAACCACCUGAAGCCAAGGAGCGGCCAGUCCUGCGUACACCUGCUGGCUGCGGCGGACAAGAACAUCCUCGCCCUGGAUCUGCUGCUGCGAGAUAGUCCGCCGACCUAUGAUGUGGCUGCGGAAGGAGAGGGACGAGAUCGAGGAGAGGGUGAUGUUCGACAGAGCGCGUUGCCUUUUUUCCCCGAUGACUUCGGCGACACACCGGUCAUGGUUGCAGUGAAGAAUAACGCUCUUCGCACCGCAAGGUUUCUGCUCGCUUUCGAGCACUAUCCGGACAUGAUAAGUCAGGGAGGUAAAAAUAAAAAGCUGCAGGAUGAUGUUGACGUUCGAACGCGGCUUCGGAAAGCAGACGCAGAAGAAGAAAAUCAGAUGCUGAUUAGAGACGAUAGUAAUAACUCUGCAAAGGAUGAUGCAAGAGCAGCAACUUCGUUUCUCGAUUUUGUGAGUGCGGCGGGAGCUGUAGGACGAGAGGCGUUCGGUACAUUAUCUUCUACCCUGGAAGGUGGAGCUUCCCCUGCUGUUUCCCAUUUUCCGAGCCUGUUUCUCUUCGGUAUGGACGACCCGCAUCACGCUGCCUUGCGCUGGACGCGCACCAUGUACAGGCUUUUGGAGGCGGGACGGGAGGAGGGCGGGACGACGUCACACAGAGCUGCGAGAAGCGUUUCUGGAAGCGAGGAGAGCGAUCUCGAGUCCGGAGAAGACGCUGCUUCGGACAAGUAUGCUGUCGAAUUGCAAGAUGUUGAACAGGGAGUAUCUGUAGGUCUCGACGCCAACGCGACUCGGGGCCUUCUCCAAGAGAAGACACUUUUGAUCCUUAUGUUUGCGAGUUGCCCGAUGGACAUGACGGGUUCGUCCACCGAGUUCCCUACGUUGGUGGGCCGGUUCCUUGCCUUCUGCGUUCAGACCAGAAGGAAUGAGCGGUUGCAGACGAUGCUGGAAAUUGUCAAUUUUUUUCUCGACAACUCCGCUCCGGAGUGGCUGGAUCCGGAGGUAGAAAAGCAAUUGCGCUGCGCCACAGGUGGGGCGCCGUCUCCUUCUUCCGCGGCUCAGCUCAUGUUUACUAGCGUUUCGGGAGGUCUUCUACCUGGAGCCUUCUCUGGCAGCAGAUUCCAACAGCUGCAAGCUUGUUUGCAGCAGAACCCGCGAGCGCUUUUUUUGGACGUUGUGUCUCGACAUUCGCUCGCCUACCUGGCGGUCUCGCAGCUGAACGACAAGGACAUUUACGAGGAAAUUUUGCUCAAAAGCGCUCCAGCGUCGUUGCACGCUUUCCACCGGUUAUCGGACAAAUUGAAGGCGGAAGCGUUCAAUUACGGUUUUUUGAAAGCGGUUUGUGAGGGCAACUACGAGAAGUUGAAACAGUUUUAUUUUCACGAGGAGGCGCGGAACUCCGUGCAAGUGAAGCUCUUCGUCGACAGACAGUUCGAGAAUACGGCGCUGCACUGGGCCGCGCAAAACGACUUUCACGAACUGUGCGCCCACCUGUUGAAAAGUAGGUCCGAUCCAAUGAAGACCAACAAGCAGGGCCAAAUCCCCGCGGAUCUAGCGCCGCAGAAUUCCGCGCUGCGGCAGCAACUGUGGCGCGCGUUUGUCUUGGCCGCCGAAGUGGAGAAGGCGAAGGCUUCGACGUUGCUGGGCACCGACCUGACGGGCGCGUUGCAGAUGGACAAAACAUUCAUCGAAACGUAUGAAAUCGACGUGGAACAAGUAGACCUUGACCUUCUCGCGAUGUCUUCAGCUGCCUCACCUGCAGGAGCACAACACAGUCGUGCAGCCGUGGAAGCUGCACGUAGUGGCCGCGAUAGGACGACAUCAACUACAUCUUCACCGAGGAUCAUGGAACCGAUGAUAACUCCCACCAGCAAGGGCGUGUUAUACAUUCAGAUUCUGAACUGCAAGAACCUUCCGCGGGCGAGUAAUUUCAAAAGUCUUUUCGGCCUGGAGCCCGAGGAGCCCCGGUGCUACGUCGAGGUGAUCGUGGACAGCAACAGGAAAAAGACGCUGCCGGCCUUGAACGGGCACAGCUGCGACCCCGUCUUCGAGACCACAAGUAAGUUUUCCGCCUUCCAUAUGGAUGUGUCAGGAUUGAAAUCGACAAAGUUGAAAUAAUUUGUAAUGCAUAAAAUGCAUAACCCGAGGUACGUGUGUUGCAGAGCAGGCAAGUGAGGCCGACUGUAAGCCUGUUUGGGGUUACAGCUCGAGCUGCUAAAGUAGCAUGAGAAAAUCACUCUUCUUUGCCUAAACAGCACGACAAACUGGAUUUAGAGACCGCCGAAAUUUGUCAUGCGCCACUUGGAAACUGGGUUCCAACUAGCAUCCAUUUUAUGCAUGACAACUUUUAGUACGCAUGGGGUCUGCUUGUGGCUGCUGCUUCCUUAUAGCAGUAUGUCUGGUGGGCUCCUGCACAGUUUGUUGGCGCAAUAAGUUGGUUCGUUGGCGAACGUUAAACGUAUUCUGUUGGCAAAAAGUUGGGAAUGUUGGCGAACAAUAAACGCAUCUGUUGGCGCAAUGUAAGGAUCGUUGGCGAACGUUAAACGCAUGUUGGCGAUGUGAGGACUGUGUGCGAAAGUAAGGUAAAGGCGGCGUAAAGUUGGAUGUGCCCGGGGAUGAUGGUGAUGGCUUCGGUCCGCCUGACUCCGCGACCUGGUGGCCGAACCACGUGCGGUUCGGUGCCCUUACAGGUUGUGUAGUGGUUUCGGUCGGUUUAGCAUGACAAAUUAUUUCAACUUUGUCGAUUUCAACUCUGACACAUCCAUAUUCCAGUUCCCGUGUACCCCGGACACGACCGUGAAGCUGUUGGUCUUCCACCACGAAGGGGUGCUGUUUGGCGGCGACGACUUCAUCGGGAGUUACUUCUUUCACCUGGGCCACGAACUGCACAAAACGCCGCAGAUCGAGAAGCGCACCGGCGGUGGCGGGGGCUUAGUAGCUGCGAGCACCGCCACCAAUGCAGCGGAGGAAAUAAAAGCGACCGGGGUGACACUCACCAGAAGACUGGAAAAAUUGCAAUCUGACCAUUCUAUCGCCGCCCUCGAACAACAAGCCGAGGAACUAGGCGACGCAGAAAAUUAUUCGAGACCCGAGGAGUUGUACGGCGGUCCUUCUAGUAGAAGAACAUCUACUGCCUCUGCCAACCGCUGGCCGCACUCCGGGAGGCCAGAAAUCGAGUUUCGUGUGUCUUACGACCGCACGCAGCUGCAAUCCACGACGAAGAUGGUGGGGGUGAACCAAAACGCUUUGUCCGACCACGAUACGCGGGAUCCGUUCAAUCACUCGUUCGAAAACUUUAUGUUUCACUACGCGAAAGAGCCCGAAUUCUUCAAGUACUUACCACGAAACCCGCUAUUUUGACGAUGUUGAAAGUACUUCUUUUCAGAAAUAGGGGGCCGCGAGGAGCAGGCGCACCGAGUGAUAAUGGUUUUGAUCGCAUUGAUCUGCUUUGAUGUUCCUUCUCACAACUACACCUAUAGAGCAG